AAAUGGCACCGUAGGGCAACAAGGAUGGUUAGUUUUGCCCUACUUAUUUGUGCCGUAAAAAAUCGAUCCUAAUUGACAGCUAUUUGGAUUUUUAUAUCUGAAUAACCCCUUUUAUGUAACAUAGUCACUAAAUGAAGGGGUUCUGGCCCGGGAAGUUCCAUCCAUUCCUUCAGUUGAAUGGGGAACAGGGACAACUUCGGGGCGAUCUCAGGAAUAGGAGGGAAUGUUGACCAGGGAGCACCACUGCGGCCGAUCAGAGGAGCAGGAACUAGAGCCCCGGCUGAGUCCGAAAAAAGCCGGAUCUGCACAGUGGCUCCGCAACGGUUGGAAGUGGAAGAUGGAGGAGCAGGAGGAACCAGCGGACGGUGGGCAGUCGCUGCCUCCGGUUUAUAUCUAUAGUCCCGAGUAUGUCAACAUAUGCGACUCCCUGGCCAAGGUCCCCAAACGGGCCAGCAUGGUACAUUCUUUGAUUGAAGCAUAUGCACUGCAUAAGCAAAUGAGGAUAGUAAAGCCCAAAGUGGCCUCCAUGGAGGAGAUGGCCACCUUCCACACUGAUGCCUAUCUGCAGCAUCUCCAGAAGGUCAGCCAGGAAGGCGAUGAUGAUCAUCCGGACUCUAUAGAAUAUGGGCUAGGUUAUGACUGCCCAGCCACUGAAGGGAUAUUUGACUAUGCAGCAGCUGUAGGAGGGGCCACAAUCACAGCUGCCCAAUGCCUGAUCAACGGAAUGUGCAAAGUAGCAAUUAAUUGGUCUGGAGGAUGGCAUCAUGCAAAAAAAGAUGAAGCAUCUGGUUUUUGUUAUCUCAAUGAUGCUGUCCUAGGAAUAUUACGAUUGCGACGGAAAUUUGACCGUAUUCUCUAUGUGGAUUUGGAUCUGCACCAUGGAGAUGGUGUAGAAGAUGCCUUCAGUUUCACCUCCAAAGUCAUGACCGUGUCCCUGCACAAAUUCUCUCCAGGCUUUUUUCCAGGAACAGGUGAUGUGUCUGAUGUUGGACUAGGAAAGGGACGGUACUACAGUGUAAAUGUGCCCAUUCAGGAUGGCAUACAGGAUGAGAAAUAUUACCACAUUUGUGAAAGUGUACUAAAGGAGGUAUAUCAAGCCUUUAAUCCCAAAGCAGUGGUCUUACAGCUGGGAGCUGAUACAAUAGCUGGGGAUCCCAUGUGCUCCUUUAACAUGACUCCAGUGGGAAUUGGCAAGUGUCUUAAAUACAUCCUUCAGUGGCAAUUGGCAACACUCAUUUUGGGAGGAGGAGGCUAUAACCUUGCCAAUACAGCCCGAUGCUGGACAUACUUGACCGGGGUCAUCCUAGGGAAAACACUAUCCUCUGAGAUCCCAGAUCAUGAGUUUUUCACAGCAUAUGGUCCUGAUUAUGUGCUGGAAAUCACGCCAAGCUGCCGGCCAGACCGCAAUGAGCCCCAGCGAAUCCAGCAAAUCCUCAACUACAUCAAAGCAGCAGCAACUGGAAUAUGCUGAAGAGCCCUGGGCUUGGAGUGAGGAAACUGGGGUCACGCCCACUGUCAAACCUCCCACUGGAACCUCCCACUAUUGAACUCUCCCACUGUCAACCUGGGGCAAAUGACUCUGCUUCUUUAAAUCUUAGUUUUCUCUGAAAUGGAGAUCAUUGAUCCCACAGAGGUGGCAUAAGAUUAAAAGAGAUAAAGUAUGUGAAAAAAAUGCUUUUUAAAAAUAUUAUUAUGGAAUUUUUAAAGCAUAUACAUAAGUAAAGAACACACAGCAAUGAAGUCUCAUGCACCCAUCCUCAACAAUUACCAUCUUAUUUCAUCUGUAUCCCCAUCUACUUUUCCCCCACUCCCACUGGAAUAUUUUAAAGCAAAUCCCAGGUAUGCUCUUUUUUCGUAAAACUUCAAUAUUGAAAUGCAUUAUACUUUUUUCACAAUUAAAAAAUAAUACAUGUUGACUGUAGAAAAUUUGGAACAUGAAGAAAUCAUGUAUAAAGGAGGAAACAAAAAUCACCCAUAACCCCACCGCCCAGGACAACCACAUUUUGGAGUAGUCUAUUAUUUUUUCUAUGCACAAGUUCAUUUUUAACAAAAGUGAGAUCAUAUUGUAUAUGUUAUUUUUAGGCUUCAUUUUAAUUAUAAAAAUAAUAAAAUCAUAUUACAGAAAAAUAAAGAGGAGAAAUUACCCAUAAUCCCUUACCAUCUAAUAUAAAAACUGUUAAUGUAUUUUAGUAUACUUCCUUCUCAUUUUUUUCAACUUACAUCCAUACUUUUAACCCAAGUGGGAUCUUACUGAUAAUGCACUUUUCAAAUUAUGAAUCUGUGUUAAUCGUAAGAAAAUAAUACAAUCAUGUUGCAGAAAAUAAAGGAAAAGAAAAAUAUCACCCAUAAUCCCACUACUCAAUUAUAAUUACUUAAUAUUUUGGUGUAUUUGCUUUCAAUAUUUUUUCUGUGUUCAUAUAAUUUUACCAAAAAUGGGGACAUACUGUUUUAUGGAGUUUAUUAACUAUAAAUAUAUAUGGAAAAAGGGGGGAAAUCCUCAUAAUCCUACCACCCCAUUGGCACUGUUAUCAUUUUGAUGUUUUCCUGAACAUUGCUUUAUAUAAAUAUUCAUACAUGGCUGGAAGCAUAGUGAGUAUUUAAUUUUGUAUCCUUUGUGCCCUUUGCAACUUGGCAUCAUACUUAUGCAACUUUGUACCUAGCAUUUUUAAUGUAAUAUGUUGUUAUGAACAUUUUCCCAUGAAUAAAA